GGGUGACAUUGUUCUCGUUCCUCAAUGUGUGGGAGGAAAAACUUUGAUUUGACGCAUUAACGUAAGGGCUGUCAGUGCGAGUCGUGGGGGGGAGGUAAACAAGAUGGCGACAACCUGAGCAGCAACAGUCACACGAAGAGUCGGGAACCUCACUGAUAGACAUAAGUGAAACACUUGCUUUAACCAGUACGGAAUAAAACCUGCACAGACGACACUAUUUGUAUGGAUAAAGGCACCAGGCAGUAGAAGCCGUGGUGGCAUGGAGGACACCUGAGGACGGUUGGACACGUUGGAUGGCUCAGUCGACCUCCAGGAGCCAGGCUGAUACUGCUGCAUGCAUUUGGCCAUAGGCCUGUGCAUGGAUUCAGUCCAGCUGUGUACACACUUAUGUAUCCUGUGGAAACCUGUGCUCUGAAGCAUGGACAGAAAUGCUGUGCUGCACGGCCUUGACGCAGGACUGGUUGCCUCUACCAUAGGCUGUAUGGUGUUAAAUUCAUAGCGAAGCAGAGAAUAGUAACAUUUUAAAAUCACAAUUUUCCAAAUUUCUGUUCAACUGCACUUUUCACAAAAUGCACAGUAUAGAGCAUUAACUUGGCACUGGACCCAACAUGUUUUUUUUUCACCUCUGUUUGUGAGAAAUAGACCCUUUUUGAGAGAGCCCUAAUGUUUACAAAUUGGGAUUGAUACCCCACCCCCAACUCUCAGGCCUGAUUAUUCUUUCUCCCAUGUUCAGUAUUUUGUAAGUCAUCUGUAUUCCAUCUUGUGGAAUUAAAGCGCUCUGCUCAGUGCUUAAAGGUUACCAGUGGAUUACUCCCCUGCAGCAUUCAUAGCUAUUUGUGAACAAUUUGCACAGGAGGCUUAAGUUGUUUGCUGCUGAACUAUCAGUCAUGAGUACCGGCGAGCUGCAACAUCUUGACUAUCUAAAUGAAAAUGAACUGAUGGAGAUGGAUACUUUCAUUCAUCGCAUUGACUCUACAGAGGUGAUCUACCAGCCAAGAAGGAAGAGGGCAAAGCUGAUAGGAAAGUACUUGAUGGGGGAUCUGCUAGGUGAGGGAUCUUAUGGCAAAGUGAAAGAGAUGCUGGACUCGGAUACCCUUUGUCGCAGGGCUGUCAAAAUACUGAAGAAGAAGAAGCUGAGGCGGAUUCCCAAUGGAGAAGCCAAUGUGAAAAAGGAGAUUCAGCUGCUAAGAAGACUGCAACACAAGAAUGUGAUUCAGCUGGUGGAUGUGCUCUACAAUGAAGAGAAGCAGAAAAUGUAUAUGGUGAUGGAGUAUUGUGUUUGUGGGAUGCAAGAAAUGCUGGACAGCGUCCCAGAAAAAAGGUUUCCAGUAUUUCAAGCUCACGGGUACUUUUGCCAACUCUUGGAUGGCCUUGAAUAUUUGCACAGCCAGGGAAUAGUUCACAAAGACAUUAAACCAGGAAAUCUGCUGCUGACCACUGACGGAGGACUUAAAAUCUCCGACCUGGGAGUAGCAGAGGCCCUUCACCCAUUUGCAGACGAUGACACGUGUCGCACCAGUCAGGGCUCACCGGCCUUCCAGCCUCCAGAGAUUGCAAAUGGACUGGACACCUUUUCAGGGUUUAAAGUGGACAUUUGGUCUGCAGGAGUAACACUAUACAACAUCACAACGAGUUUGUAUCCGUUUGAGGGAGACAACAUCUAUAAGCUAUUUGAGAACAUUGGAAAAGGAGACUUCACUAUUCCUGAGGAGUGUGGACCCCUCCUGUCGGACCUGUUGCAAGGAAUGCUUGAGUAUGACCCUGCAAAGAGGUUUUCCAUACAGAACAUACGGCAACACAACUGGGUGCGCAAGAAACACCCUCCGUCUGAGCCCCCUGUGCCCAUCCCUGCCAGCGCAGAGGGCAGGGAUCCUUGGCGAAGUAUGACGGUGGUGCCCUACCUGGAGGAUCUCCACGGCUACACAGAGGAGGACGAUGACGAGCUCUACGAUGGAGAGGAUGAGAUCAUAUACACUCAGGACUUCACAGUGCCAGGACAAGUGGCCGAAGAGGAUGAGGAUCAGGGGCACGAAGACCAUAGUCCAGCUCUAGCCAAGCCAGUUUGUGUGAACGGGACAGAGGGGGGGUCUCUGAAUAGCAAGGCCAAAGCCGAACGCCGUGCCUCCUCUUCAUCCAACCCCUCACGGAAAGGAGUCUCCACAGCCAGCAAGAUCCGCAAGCUCUCCACCUGCAAACAGCAAUGACCCCCCCUCCUCACUCAGCAACACCCCGUCUGGUUGGUCUGACCCCGUCCUUCUGUGUCCGGAGUCCUCACAGUUGUGAGAGAAACCUGCUGACGUUAAUGCCCCCAUACCUCCUUGGACCACUGGCCUGCAGAGUCUUUAGAAGAUGCGGUAUGAGUGACGGGGAGGAGGAGGACAGCAUGAAAUGUUCUUUUUGCUCUGAGACUGAGGCACUGGCUGUGAAGAGUUUUUUUUGUUGUUGUUUUUAUUUCUCUCAUAUUUUGGCUCCUUUUAACUCUUGUCAUCCACUCCUGUCAUCUAGUCAUUUACCCUCUCCAUCCUGUCUUACUCUUAGGAAGGUCAAGUAUUGCACCAGACGUUACAAACACCAUCACCCCUGUAUCCCACCCAUCCAAACCCUCUACCCCACCUUCUGUUUCUAUUACUACAUUUGUUUUGACAGAACCCUAUUGGCAGUUUUUAAGACGCAUUGUGAAGUGUAAAAAAAUUAAAGAAAAAAAGAUAACAAAAGUUAUGAAUAAUUCUAUAUUUAAAUCUAUAAUGAGAAUAAUUCUAAUAGUACUCUACUACCACGAACAUAACAAAACUGCAUGCUGUACAGAGCUGGAAGAAAGGGAAAGAGCUUGUUUUGUGGACAGACUGACCGACUGAAGCUUUGAGAUCCACCGCUGACCUGUUGGGGAUUUUUGUUUUCCAUUUAGGUUCUUUUUUUUUUUCUUCUUUUUGCCAAUGAACAUUUUUUAAUUAUUAUUUAUAUAAAAUAUGUCCCAAACAGGCUAUUUUGUUGGAUGAUCCUUUGUCCUGUUUUCAUUUAUUUUUAACUGUCUUUUGCACGGUUAUUAUUUGGUAGGAAGACGACACUCAUCUUACUCUGCUGUCUGCAGCUAGUUUGCAGUCGGACCCUAGAAUAUCAAGCCGAUGCCGCACGGCUGCAGGCGGUGUGCCGUCACAAUCGGUCGCAUGUUUCAGUGAUGCUGCUCUUUAUUACGCCGAUCACAUCAGCGGGAGCCCUGCCCCUCUCGUACGCAGCCAGGCCUCGUCAGCCCCUCGCUGGGAAUAGAUCAGAGAGCAGGUGAGUCAUCACUCUGAGGGGGGAGGGGGGAGAGCAGCGCUUCCAACGUCAGCAAGGUCGACGGAGAGAUUCUCUGUUCAACGAAACAAGGAAGCAUGAAGAGAUGUCUCUUGUUUACAGGCUGAAUAAUAUUUCAGAGGUAUGAUUAGUGUCAGGGCGCCUUCUGCUUCACACAGUACAUCACCUUACAUGAAUUAUGAACAGCAUGAAAUCACAGGUUGCGUGGUCCCCUUUUUUUUUCUUUUUUUUUAUUCACAAAAAUGUUCGGUCGAAAAUGAACAUGUCCCACAAGGUCUAGAAUUUGUCACGGCUGCGAGACAUUUGAAUUCUCUGCAAUACUCAUUUACAAUGCAACUCAACGUGUGAGGACAAAAACUCAACGUACAUGUAUUCUUGCUCCAACCCAAAUCUGUGUGAAAGAAAAAGGGCCACGCUCUUACCUGCCAUCGCAGUUUCCCUGGUGACAUCACCCAUUAUAACAUGCAGCAAUGUUCUCAUGAUGAAGAAAUACAAUUUGACAUGAAUGCUUAACGAAUAGUUUUAUAACCAUCCUGGCCCAGAGAGAGCCGUUCAGAUUUUAACUUGUAAACAUAGAGUAUGUCUGAAAAGUAUUACUUUAACGAUGCCAGUAUUUUAUCCAUUCCUUUUUUUUUUUCAAUGCCAACAAAUAAACAAAACCAACAAGG